CGAAUUUUCUGCCUCCAUGACCAAUUGAAGUCAAUAUCUACGCUCUGCCAUCCCUGAGUCUCAUCACAAAGAGAUAAGCCACGGCUGCAUCUCCGGUCUCGUCUGCCCGCAUAUCCCUCACCCCACCUUGUUUCCGAAGAUAUUUUCUUCUGCAACCUUCAAAGAUUUGCUCUCCAGCUGACAAUUCCCCCACAGAGAACAUAAAACAAGAAGUGCAGAAGAAAAUCCAUCAUGGCAAUUACCAAGAUCCACGCUCGAUCCGUCUACGAUUCUCGUGGUAACCCAACCGUCGAGGUUGACGUUGUCACCGAAACUGGUCUCCAUCGCGCUAUCGUUCCAUCCGGCGCUUCCACCGGCCAGCACGAGGCAGUCGAACUCCGCGAUGGUGAUAAGACCAAGUGGGCUGGAAAGGGUGUUCUUAAGGCCGUUGCCAACGUCAACGAGAUCAUUGGUCCCGCUCUCAUCAAGGAGAAUAUCGAUGUCAAGGAUCAGCCAAAGGUUGAUGAGUUCUUGAUCAAGCUUGAUGGAACUCCAAACAAGGGAAAGCUCGGCGCCAAUGCUAUCCUCGGUGUGUCUUUGGCAGUUGCGAAGGCGGCUGCCGCUGAGAAGCAAAUCCCUCUCUACGCCCACGUCUCGGAUCUCGCCGGCACCAAGAAGCCUUAUGUCCUUCCCGUCCCGUUCAUGAACGUUCUCAAUGGAGGGUCCCAUGCUGGUGGACGUCUGGCCUUCCAGGAAUUUAUGAUUGUUCCCUCAUCCGCACCGAGCUUCACCGAGGCCCUUCGUCAAGGUUCUGAGGUUUACCAAAAGUUGAAGACUCUUGCUAAGAAGAAGUAUGGGCAAUCUGCGGGUAAUGUCGGAGACGAGGGUGGUGUUGCACCAGAUAUCCAGACUGCCGAGGAGGCUCUCGAGCUCAUCACCGAGGCUAUCGAGUCUGCCGGAUACACUGGCAAGGUCCACAUCGCAAUGGAUGUCGCUUCUAGCGAAUUCUACAAGGAGGAUGUCAAGAAGUACGACUUGGAUUUCAAGAACCCAGACAGUGACCCCACCAAGUGGAUCACUUAUGAGCAGCUUGCAGAACAAUACCAGACCCUCGCCAAGAAGUACCCCAUCGUCAGCAUCGAGGACCCAUUCGCUGAGGAUGACUGGGAGGCAUGGAGCUACUUCUACAAGACCUCUGACUUCCAAAUUGUCGGAGAUGACUUGACUGUCACCAACCCCAUCCGCAUCAAGAAGGCUAUUGAACUCAAGUCCUGCAACGCUCUCCUGCUUAAGGUCAACCAGAUUGGUACCCUCACCGAGUCGAUCCAGGCCGCCAAGGAUUCUUACGCUGCUGGAUGGGGUGUCAUGGUUUCUCAUCGUUCUGGAGAGACCGAGGACGUCACUAUCGCCGACAUUGUUGUUGGUAUCCGAGCUGGACAGAUUAAGACCGGUGCACCAGCCAGAUCUGAGCGGUUGGCUAAAUUGAACCAGAUCCUCAGAAUCGAGGAGGAGUUGGGUGACAAGGCUAUCUAUGCUGGAGAGAAAUUCAGAGCUGCUGUCAACUUGUAA